UCUGCUGAACCUCUGCCUGCAAUAUCUGCUCAAUGGCUCCUAGAAUUCAGAACAGAAUUCCACCCUUCUUCUGGUCGUGAGCCCCUCCAUCAAGCAUUUGAUGAAUUUGGCAUUAAUGCCCACCCCGAAGAACAACUUCCUGUCGAUGAAACACCCUGGCAUCCCUUUUGUUCACCUGGCGACUUCGAUUUCACACACCUCUUGCUGGACGCUGCACUCAACAAAUCUCAUAUCAAUGGGCUCCUUGCUCUCAUUGGUCACAUCUCAAGAGGGGAGACCCAGAUGACACUCAAGACUGAUACAGAUCUCCGCAAGGCUUGGGAACAUGCGACUGAUCAGACCCAUGCAUUACCCCUCUGGGAGUGGGUGCUUGAUUUACUAGGCAACCUGGUGCUCACUCCGCAUUUUGUGUGGGAUGCACAACGCAUAUACAAACAUAACAGAACAGAGUUUGAGCAUUUCUACAAUGAGCCCUGGACAGGUGAUCAAUGGUGGGAUGUCCAAUCUCGCCUUCCACCUGGCCUUAAAGUGGCCCCAUUUUGUUUCAUCUUGUAUGCAGACAAGACAAGACUGUCAUCGCAUGGUACGGUCAAGGCAUAUCCUGUCGUAGUACAAUGCACAAACUUGCCAAUAGGCAUAUGGAACAGCAAGGGAAUUGGUGGUGGUCGCAUUGUCGGGUGGUUGCCCAUCAUAUUGGAUGAAGAAGGCAAAACGGGGUUUGUGAACUUCAAGUGCAUCAUAUGGCAUGAGUCAUUCUUGAAGCUCUUGGAACUUGUUGUGCAGUACUCGAAGACCGGUUAUGUGCAUCAAUGCUUCAACAUGAUUAUGCGCUGGCUGUUUCCUAUUCUGCUGAUACUUUCUGCUGAUUAUGAAGAGCAAUGUAUGAUGUCGCUCAUCUGUGGUCAAAAUUGCAAAUGUCCUUGUCCUGUAUGCAUUGUGCCACUUGAGAAACUUCACGAUCUAUCCGAGACAUUUGCGCUUAGAUCAAUGCAAGAUGCAAUAGAUGCACUCAACAAUUACAAGAUCAGCAAAGGUCGGGGCGAAGCACUUCUCAAAGUGUUAGGAUUACGUGCCAUUGCGAAUGUAUUCUGGUGCAUUGCCUACUCUGACCCUCAUGAAGCCAUCAGCUUUGACCGCCUACAUUCCCUUCAUAUUGGCAUGUGGAAACACCUACUCAAGGAGUUGAAGAAGAUCCUCAAGUCACUCGGACAUUCUGCGGAGGCAAAGCUUGAGAAUCAGGUUGCUGAAUUCCCUCGAUGGUGCAAUUUCAACCAUUUCAGUACUGUCAUCCACAUCAUGUUCAGUGAUGGCAACAAGAUGCAAGACCUGUCUAAACAAACCCUUUAUUCGGCAUUGAAUGUAUUGACCCACAGAGCUAGCCCAGAAGGAUAUCAACUCCUCCAUGUUAUCAGUAGCUAUCUGCAAUUGGAUAGCUACAUUGGUCUUGAUGUGCAAACGACAAACAUGCUAGUGGUGCUCAAUGCCAAACUACUUGUUUUCAACACCACACUUAAGGACUAUGUCAAAUGUGCAUCGACGUCCCCUAUCAAAGAUCUCAAACUCGAUUGGGACUUUCCAAAGACUCACCUUUGGAAGCAUGUGACCCGAGACAUCCGAAUGAAGGGUGUAACGUGCAACUACAGUACUCAUCCAAACGAGAAGCUUCAUGGCCCUCUGAAAGAGGCCUAUGAGUGCCAAUCGAAUGGAAAGUUAAGGAUAUUCAAUCAUUCCUCAGAUUUGCCAAUUUCUAUCAUCAAUUCAUUUUAA